GAGCUCCCCGCCCGGCGCGCUCCUCCCGCGCCCUCCGGGGGUCGGGGGGGCGCACGGCUCCCGGGCCCGGAGGCGACGGCGGCGGCGGUGCGGCGGCGCCGAGGGGCAGCGGGUGGCAGGAGGCCCGGGGGCGCCCGAGGGGCCCCGGGCAGCGGCGCGCAGGGCCCGGGCGGCGGGCGGCGGCCCCGGGGCUGGGGGGAGUCCAGCCCGGAUAUUGAGUGCAGCCAUUGAGAAAAGCCAAACUCUUGUGUGUGUGCGUCUCGAAUAGCCCCCAAGAUGGCCGCCAAUGUGGGAUCGAUGUUUCAAUAUUGGAAGCGAUUUGAUCUACGGCGACUCCAGAAGGAGCUUAAUUCCGUUGCUUCUGAGCUGUCUGCGCGGCAGGAGGAGAGUGAACAUUCUCAUAAACAUUUAAUUGAACUCCGCCGGGAAUUUAAGAAAAAUGUACCUGAGGAAAUCAGAGAGAUGGUGGCUCCUGUACUAAAAAGCUUCCAAGCUGAGGUGGUGGCCCUUAGUAAGAGAAGUCAGGAGGCCGAAGCUGCUUUCUUGAGUGUUUACAAGCAAUUAAUUGAAGCACCAGAUCCCGUGCCUGUGUUUGAGGCAGUGCGCAGCCUAGACGACAGACUGCAGACCCCCAGCUUCAACCCCAGUGGGCAGCCGCGGCGAGACCUCCACAUUUCGUGGAAGAGGCACCCUGAGCUCCUCGGCCCCAAAGAGCAGAGAGAGGGGACGUCUCCGGCUGGGCCCACGCUGACUGAGGGGAGCCGCCUCCCGAGCAUUCCCAGCAAAGCCCUCCUGACAGAAACUUUGCUGCAGAGAAAUGAGACAGAGAAACAAAAGGGCCUUCAAGAAGUACAGAUCACUUUGGCAGCCAGACUGGGGGAGGCAGAGGAGAAGAUCAAGGUCCUACAUUCAGGUAUCAAAGCCCUCCUGACAGAAACUUUGCUGCAGAGAAAUGAGACAGAGAAACAAAAGGCCUCAUCUUUCCGUCUCAGGGCAGAUGAAGUUGGCCUGAUCAUGACCAACCUGGAGAAAGCAAAUCAGCGAGCAGAGGCCGCCCAGAGGGAGGUAGAAAGUCUUCGUGAACAGCUUGCCUCUGUCAACAGCUCCAUCCGCCUGGCCUGCUGCUCCCCGCAGGGACCCAGUGGGGACAAGGUGAACUUUGCGCUCUGCUCAGGCCCUCGGCUCGAGGCUGCCCUGGCCUCCAAGGACCGGGAGAUCCUGCGGCUGCUGAAGGAUGUGCAGCACCUCCAGAGCUCUCUGCAGGAGCUAGAGGAGGCCUCCGCCAGCCAGAUCGCAGACCUGGAGCGGCAGCUCUCAGCCAAGUCCGAGGCCAUAGAGAAACUGGAAGAGAAGCUCCAGGCACAGUCUGACUAUGAAGAAAUUAAAACAGAGCUGAGCAUCCUGAAAGCCAUGAAGCUGGCCUCCAGCACGUGCAACCUCCCCCAGGGCCUGGCCAAGCCUGAAGACUCACUGAUCCUGGCAAAGGAGGCCUUCUUCCCCACGCAGAAAUUCCUUCUGGAAAAACCCAGUCUCUUGGCCAGCCCUGAGGAGGACCCUUCAGAGGAUGAUUCCAUCAAGGACUCUCUGGGCACGGAGCAGUCCUACCCAUCCCCUCUGCAGCUCCCACCACCACCAGGGCCCGAAGAUCCCCUUUCCCCAAGUCCGGGACAGCCCCUGCUGGGCCCUGGACUGGGCCCUGAUGGCCCGCGGACUUUCUCACUGUCCCCCUUCCCCAGCCUGGCUUCGGGGGAGAGACUGGCAGGGGACACACUGUUGUCCAAGCACAUGAUGCCUCCAGCCGCCUUCAAGGGGGAGGCGGGCGGCCUGCUGGUGUUCCCCCCAGCCUUCUACAGCACCAAGGCCCCCUCAGCCCCUGUCACCCCAGCCCCUGGCCCUGAGCCUCCCGGGGGCCCCGAGCCAGUGGAUGGUGGUGGAGGCGGUGCAGCUGGGGCAGGGGCCGGAGCAGAAGAGGAGCAACUAGACACGGCGGAGAUUGCAUUCCAGGUGAAGGAGCAGCUGCUCAAACACAACAUAGGGCAGCGGGUGUUUGGCCACUAUGUGCUGGGGCUGUCGCAGGGCUCAGUCAGCGAGAUCUUGGCCCGCCCCAAGCCCUGGCGCAAGCUCACAGUGAAGGGCAAAGAGCCCUUCAUCAAGAUGAAGCAGUUCCUGUCAGAUGAGCAGAACGUGCUGGCUCUGAGGACCAUCCAGGUGCGGCAGCGAGGCAGUAUCACCCCGAGAAUCCGCACACCGGAGACAGGCUCAGACGAUGCCAUCAAGAGCAUCCUGGAGCAGGCCAAGAAGGAGAUCGAGUCUCAGAAGGGGGGUGAGCCCAAGAACUCAACAGCCCCAUUGAACAUCACCAAUGGCACUGCCCCUGCUAGCACCUCAGAAGAUGCCAUCAAGAACAUUCUGGAGCAAGCGCGCCGUGAGAUGCAAGCACAGCAGCAGGCCCUGCUGGAGAUGGAGGCAGGCCCGUGUGGCCGGUCGGUGCCCCCCUCACCCCCAGAGCGGCCCUCGCUGGCUGCCAUGAGCCAGAGUGGGGCCCCAGCCUGUGUCAAGCAGGAGGACGGUGGUGGCAGUGGUGGCGGUGGCAUCGGGGGGACCAGCAGCAGUGCCACACAGACAUCCCUCACAGUCCUGUCCCCCGCCGCCUUCGUGCAGAGCAUCAUCCGGAAGGUCAAGUCAGAGAUCGGCGACGCUGGCUACUUUGACCACCACUGGGCCUCAGACCGCGGCCUGCUCAGCCGCCCCUAUGCCUCUGUCUCGCCCUCACUCUCCUCCUCCUCCUCUGGCUACUCUGGACAGCCCAACGGGCGGGCCUGGCCCCGCGGGGACGAGGCCCCUGCAGCCCCCGAGGAUGAGGCGGCUGGGGGUGAGGAUGAGCCCCCCAGAGUGGGUGAGCUCAAGGCUGAGGGGGGCAUCCCAGAGGCAGGCAGCGGUGGGCGGCUGGCCUACUACCCAGCAUAUGUGCCCCGCACACUGAAGCCCACCGUGCCGCCCCUGACCCCCGAGCAGUACGAGCUCUACAUGUACCGUGAGGUAGACACGCUGGAGCUGACGCGCCAGGUCAAGGAGAAGCUAGCCAAGAACGGAAUCUGCCAGAGGAUCUUCGGGGAGAAGGUGCUGGGCCUGUCACAGGGCAGUGUGAGCGACAUGCUGUCCCGACCAAAGCCAUGGAGCAAGCUAACGCAGAAAGGGCGGGAGCCCUUUAUCCGUAUGCAGCUGUGGCUCUCCGACCAGCUCGGCCAGGCCGCCAGCCAGCAGCCCAGUGCCUCCCAGGCCAGUCCCACCGAGCCGAGGUCCUCGCCAUCCCCACCCCCCAGCCCCACAGAGCCGGAGAAGAGCUCCCAGGAGCCCUUGCGCCUGGCGCUGGAGAGCAUCAAGGAGAACCAGCAGCCAGAGGGACGCUCCAGCUCCUCGCUGGGAGGGAAGAUGUACUCGGGCAGCCAGGCCACAGGGGGCAUCCAGGAGAUUGUGGCCAUGUCCCCCGAGCUGGACACAUACUCCAUCACCAAGAGGGUCAAAGAGGUCCUCACAGACAACAACCUAGGGCAGCGGCUGUUUGGGGAGAGCAUCCUAGGGCUGACUCAGGGCUCUGUGUCUGACCUGCUCUCCCGGCCCAAACCCUGGCACAAGCUGAGCCUGAAGGGACGGGAGCCCUUUGUGCGCAUGCAGCUGUGGCUCAAUGACCCGCAUAAUGUGGAGAAGCUGAGGGACAUGAAGAAGCUGGAGAAGAAAGCCUACCUGAAGCGCAGGUACGGUCUCAUCAGCACCGGCUCUGACAGUGAGUCUCCAGCCGCCCGCUCUGAGUGCCCCAGCCCCUGCCUGCAGCCCCAGGACCUGAGCCUCCUGCAAAUCAAGAAGCCCCGAGUGGUGCUGGCACCAGAGGAGAAGGAGGCGCUAAAGAAGGCCUACCAGCUGGAGCCCUACCCCUCCCAACAGACCAUUGAGCUCCUCUCUUUCCAGCUCAACCUCAAGACCAACACCGUCAUCAACUGGUUCCACAACUACAGGUCCCGGAUGCGCCGGGAGAUGUUGGUGGAGGGGACCCAAGAUGAACCGGACCCCGACCCCAGUGGGGGUUCUAGUGUCCUACUGCCAGGCCACUCCCACCCAGACCCCACCGCCCAGAGCCCUGACUCCGAGCCCGAGGACCAGAAGCCUACUGUGAAGGAACUGGGUCCUCAGGAGGGCCCUGAAGGCCUCACAGCCCUGAGCGCCCAGGGUAAGGCCCCAAUGAGGAUUAAGCAGGAACAGAGUGAGGAGGCUGCCGAGGAGGAGGAGGCAGGCAGCCAGCUCCGGGACUCACAGGAGCCGGGCCAAGGCCAAGGUUCCCCCACGGAGGCACGUCCCGACCCGCCAGGGGACAACGGACUCCCAGAGGCGGCCCCCGGGCUCCUCCUUCCAGGUGAGACCACCCCGGACCACCCCUCACUACAGCCGUCUCAGGAGAGCAAGCGUGGGGAACAGCUACACUUGGACCCUCAAAGUUUUAAGUCGGCCUCGGAGUCCUCACGCUGCAGCCUGGAGGUGUCACUGAACUCACCCUCAGCUGCCUCCUCACCGGGCCUCAUGAUGUCUGUAUCACCUGUCCCCUCCUCCUCAGCCCCAAUCUCCCCAUCCCCACCUGGCGCCCCCCCUGCCAAAGUGCCAAGUGCCAGCCCUACAGCCGACACAGCUGGGGCCUUGAACCCCAGCACCAAGGUGAACCCCAACCUGCAGCGGCGGCAUGAGAAGAUGGCCAACCUGAACAGCAUCAUCUAUCGGCUAGAGAGGGCUGCCAAUCGGGAGGAGGCCCUGGAGUGGGAAUUCUGAAGGCAGGGGUGAGGAGCUGAAGGCCACACCUGCGUAGCCACCUUCCCUCCCUCGCUCACUCUCCCAGACAAGGGAGGGGUGAGGAGGGAAGAACUCAACCAUCAAAAUGUGGACAGCAAUGUUAUGCCAUUUACGUUUUUUGUUGUAAUCCUAGUUACACGAAGUUGUGAGGGAGUGGACGGGGCAAGUGCCACUGCCUCCUCUUUUCAGCACCCCCUGCCCCAGAGAGCACCCUCUUCUCCAUCCUGGCCUCUCUGCAGGAGGCAGAAGAAAAGUGGCACCGCAGUUUCACCUGGAAACUCCAAACUCUUUUAGAAAAAUAAAUAAAUAUUUAUAGACCUCUUUUAGAUAUUUUAAUAAAGGAUCCUUCAGAAUUUAUUCCCAGCCGAUGCUGUUUUGAUAUUACAGAGAGUUAUAAAAUCAGGAUGCUGUCACAACUGUUGAGAAGUAUACACUGAAGUUGUGUCAUUUUUGCCACUAGAUGAGAUUAAAAGAAGACAAUUGUUCAAAGCCAUCACAAAACACUUAUAUAAGACUGACCAAAAUUUAGCUAACCUUUGAACCAUGGGUUUUUUUUCUGCAUCUGUCUGUGAGACACAGCACAUUGCUACUGCCCUUCUAGAAACCGUGCUGAAAAGGGAAAGUCCAAAAGACUCUAAAUGAAAACCUUGAUGCCGUUGAGGAUGUGUCUCAUUCUGAUGGUCUGUUUGCAACCUUGAUAACACAAAAUAGAAUGUCCUGUGCCGUCGUAAAUAUUGUAGAUGUGGGCUGUGGCCAAACAUCCUAUCUGAGAUGUAAACAUGGUAUAAAACAAACUGCUUACACCCCCUCUAAUGAGAAACCUGUGGGCUGUGCAGGUUGGACAUCCACCUCAUCUGCAGACACUCUGUGUUUCUGGAUCCUUUGGAAAGCCCGGCACGGGAGCAGGUGAUUGGAGCGUGGCACUUAAGUCAGAGUGACCCCGUUCCCCAACCUGAAUCAUGGCCAUGGUACAGGAGGCUUUCCCACUGGGUUUCCAGAGCAAGACUGUGGCCACCAUCUUCCCCUCCCUGUGCUUUAAGGAAAAUGAUUGGUAUUGGUAGUCCUACAAGCACCCAGCACCAAAAAGUAAAUUCAUCCAACUAGAGGCCCCAACUCCCCUUCCUGCCAUCUUCUCAAGUUGACCGUAGUGCAGUUUUUGGAAGGCAUCUGCAACUCCAAGUCCAUGCAAAAGAAAGCAAGAAGGUUGAGUUCACCACACCAUAACCACUGUAUCCCAGUCUUCAGGUCCACCCUCCUGCCUCCCAACAUGUGACUUUCUGGGACUCAAAGACUCAACCUCCCCCUUGGAGAAACCUCCCUCCAGUGUCUUUGUCCUCAUGAUUGCUAGGGAAAGAGCUCCCAAUUUGGAUGGAAAGGCCACCAGAUUGACUGUUGAAUUUUUCUCUCCUGUUUUAUUUUCCUUUUUCAAACUGUGGGAAAGCUGACUUGGGUGACUCCCCUGCUGAAUCCAGAAUGAUAAUGAAAGGGUGGCCAUAAUCAGUGCCAACCCAAUGCCCGGGGGAGAGAUGGCCGGUGGGGCUUUCAAGGCUGCAACAAGCAUUUUGAAACCCAACCAGAAAAACCCAGUGACCUGAAGGGGACAAAUGAAGACUGUUCCAGAAAUCUCAACUCUCAUGCACCCAGCCCAGGCUGCAGUCUCCACACCAGUCAGUGAAGAACAACGCAAACCCUGCAGGAAAACCUCCUUUUCCGUACACCCAGGCUAUGCAUUGAAGUGUUUUCCACUGUAUACAUUUUUAUCCAGAUGAAGGUAUUUUUAUAUUUUGACAGUAGGAAACAGUGACCAAUUUUCAGAGUAAUCAAAUCUGGAACAAAUGAAACAUCUCCUUUUAGCCACCACCACCCUAUCACAAUUAAAAACUGUGGGGAAACAUACCACUUUUUACUGUUGAAACCCACACAACAUUGAAAUCCAGACUUACACACAAGACUAGGAUUCUCAAAGAACUAAAUCUGGCUUUUGUGUAACGGGAUUUGAUUAAGCACUUAGUGUAGUCUUUUGACCACAGGAAUCCUGUUGUACCUAAAGCCAGCAGACCCGUGAACAUCUUUGUUAGGUUCAUGUCCUAUAACGGUCAAAACAAAACAAAAACACACGAAACCGUUUCUAUGAGAGAUUGAUGAACUUUGUUUAAAAUUUUAAAAAACAGGAACACAUUCUGUAUAUGCGUCACUCAAUACAGAAUUGGAUAAUAAUGUCUGGGUGUCCUCCUUUGUUCUGGAGCUGAGGCUGCACACUGGGGGUCAGAUCUGGCCCUCACAAGUGUUUUACAAAACAGUAUUUUUAAAAAUGGUUUUUAAAUUAAUUUGCCACUAUUAAAAUAUGGACACAUGUCCCAUAAGAAUUGCAGCUACUGGCUUCUCUUGAAAACCGUAAGAUCUGGCCACACCAGAUGACAACAGCUAGCUGGGGAGUGGCUUCUCCCUUUA